CGAUCGACCCGGUCCGCUACGGGGCCAUUUUGGUAAACUUGAACUUGAGUUUUCGCGUUCGUUACUUGGUCGUUCUCGUCAAAACAAAACCGUAGAAUUACAAUCAUUGAAGCUUCUUGGAACUUAGGUCCUGCCUCGUGUAUUCCUGCAGGCCAUCAUUAGAUUCAACCAUUUCGAGGAAUAUGACUCUUGCUCUCUAACAGCCUUGGCCAUCUUACUUAUAAUCAUCACUGCUACGCCUGAAUAUGCUUCUGUCUCCAGCAGGUUCCAACGCCAGUCUUACGUCUAAUUCAUUUUGGAACAAAUUCAAGUCAAAAAAUAAGGAGCCCGAUUUGCGUGAAAAACAGGCACAGAUGGCCCUCACAAGGACACGAUUAUUGACACUCGCCUUCGGUGAGAUGGAAACGAUACGAACCCUUCCAAGUUCAUUUGCUGAGCUCGAACAGGCAGCAAGAGAAUGGGCGCGGCCGCCACCAGAUGCUAUAUUCAGUCUGCGGGUACCCGUAGAAUAUGCGUCCAUUCACGCUGCACGUUUGGUAGCAGGACCCUACAUCUACCUGACUAGCGAGGACUCGUUCCAAAUAGCGGCCAUGGGUGCCCAAGGUCUUCGCGUCGAGAUCGUUAGCGACGCACCACCACCUCCAGACGAACCUCCACCUCCUCCGCCGCCACCGGUCCUGGAAAUGCCUGCUACCUUCAAUUUGGAGCUUGUGCCUGGUCAACACGUAGCACUCGAUACGACCGUCACAUCCGACGAACUCGAUAUGGCUCGAAUGGAAGAUGGCACUACUGUCGACGGCAUGUUCUGGGGCAAGCUUGACAUCGUUCACAAUGGUGACGACCACAGGAUGGAAUUUAGCGGCACACGUCUGACAAACCAACAAGAUUAUUCCCCCGAUUUCAUGUUCGACUCAAGAGUGAUGACCAAACUAGCCGUAGCCGCUAAGCCAACAACCGCAAAAUGCAAUUUGAGCCUCCUUACACCAGAAACGACUUACUGCGACGUGACGUUAAUGUUCUCGCCGUAUUGGAAGCCGGGGACUAUCUGGCCCCCCGCAGAAAGUUUGGGAGACAACAAGGUCAAGUACUUCCUACGGGUACAUCCCGGAGGGGCUCUCGAGCAUUUUGACAGCGAGGUAGUCUCCACAGCCUUGUAUUAUGAGGCCAUACCAGACGCCGGUAUGCUCGACCCCGAUGAUGUGAUUGGACCCAGAAAUGGAUACGCAAUGUCAUAUCGGGACUUCAUACCCCAUCUAAUAAAUGUACUUGACCAGCUGGGUAUGUCGUUAUACGCCAGAACCAAUUUCAUCAACAACAACAUUGCCGCCUUCGCCGCGCACAAAAACAUCGCUUAUCGAUUCAUGAGUCCUAGCAAGAUCGCUGCAGCCGUGGAUAUCACUGUUACAUCUGAACCCUGCGUAUUCACGCGUCUAUUCCUUAUCUUCCGGGGACUCAACGAUGAUGAAGUUGGGAUCUUUGCAGGUGCCGGAGAGAAGGAGGCAAACACUGUGAAUUGGCGAGAGGUUGUCACUUGGUCAGAAGAUUCAAAGGACCCGACGAUGUUUCGGGUGCUCGAGACGAGUGUGCUAGAAGUAACAUGACUGUCACUUUUCUACUUUCAAUGUUUUUGGCGGUCGUAAGUUGAAGUUUCUCUCAGGCAGUAUCUCUUAUAAUACUAUCAUAUAAAAGUCCCUCUUCCUUAUCUCCCCGUUGUUAGUCUGCUCUCCAAUGCUGUAGCCUUUGAAUUUGUAUAAUUGUCACUCGUCCAUAUGCCUGAGAUGCAGCCUGGC